GAGGGAUCAAGAAAAAGUGGGAUUUUCGCUCAGGAAACUCCACUUCCCUUCCAGAAACACAGAGGGAGCGGGCGAAAGCCGCAGACUCAGGAACCUGCCUUCGUGAGGAUCAUUCACAUCGCGCUUAUCAGUCUGCAGAACGUCUGUAAUAAUAUAGAUCUCUGCAGCUAUAAGGAGAGUUAUGCUGGCUGUCGUCCUCCUCCUCUCCUUCUCCUCCCCUGUGGUCAUGGUGCCUCCUCCCAACGCUCCCUGCAGGAAAUGCUGUGACCACUUGUCGCCAGAAGAGGGCAGCGGAGAUCAUCCACCAGUGGGCCAGUUCAGCCACGUCCCAGAGAUCCGCACCUACAUCAACAUGACCAUACUGAAAGGGGACAAAGGAGAUCGUGGGGAUAGAGGAACCCCAGGAAAAGUCGGACACCAAGGCCCUGAGGGGGCCCAAGGCGUAGCAGGGUCUAAGGGCAGUAAGGGUCAGGCGGGGCCCCCAGGAGACCCCUGCAAACAUCAGUACUCCGCCUUCUCCGUCGCCCGUCGUAAGUCUCUUCACAGCGACGACGCUGACCAGGCGGUGAUAUUCGACACGGUCUUCGUCAACCUGGACGGCGCCUUCGACAUGUUCCGGGGCGAGUUCCUCUGCCGCGUCGCCGGCGUCUACUUCUUCAACGUCAACAUCCACACGUGGAACUUCAAGGAGACGUACCUGCACAUCAUGCAGAACGAGACGGAGCGGGCGAUAGUGUACGCCCAGCCCAGCGACCGCUCCAUCAUGCAGAGCCAGAGCGUGAUGCUGGAGCUGCAGCCGGGCGACGCUGUGUGGAUCCGCCUGUUCAAGAGGGACCGGGAGAACGCCAUCUACAGCGACGACGUGGACGUUUACAUCACCUUUAACGGAUACCUCAUCCAACCCAGCGGGGAAUGAGGAAACAAAGAGGGGAAGGCUGAUGGGAGCAGAUGGCUGUUUGGAAAAUAAAUGGGACUCCCAGUAAUUUCCAAAAGUUUUCACAAAGGAAGAACCACAAAGGUUAAUUCAUUUGGUGAUAAACCGACACAACGUCCAGUCAAGGUUUCUCAAACCACCUUAAUCAACAAGCUUUGUACGUCUUAGACAUAAACUCCUUACCAUCUUCCCUGCGUCGCCACAGCAUGAUGCUGCCUCCACCGUGCGUCACCACGGUGACCGCCUCUUCAGGGCGAUGUGCAGUGUUAGUUUUCCACCACAGCAUUUUGCACAUGUUCCAGAAAUCUACAUUUUCAUCGUUUCUCAGCAAAGCAUCUCCUCCCACAAGGUUUGCUGUGUCCCUAACUUGGCUGAGGGCAAACUGCAAAGACGACUUUUUAUGGGUUUCUUUUUGACACUGCUAAACAAUGAAGCUGCCAUAUUUAUUAUAUUUUAGUAUCUUCCAAUCUAAAGAACAGGUUGGACUCUAUCAGAAUGGUAUUAGAAAUUUUGUUUCUGUUUUUUGUCACUUUUAACAAAGGUAAUCACUGUGGAAAAUAGAUGCAGCAUUUAGGAAACGUUAAUAAACUUCUCCAGACAGCCCAGGACUUUCGCUUAUAGACUGUAAAAAUGUAGGAUAAAUGUAAAGUGCAAGUUGAUCUGUUGUCAAGAGAUCCGGCUCGCUGCAUCUUUCUCCCUGAUCCGUCUGCUGUGCUCCUUGGUCUCCAUGAUGCUGUUUGUUCACUGAUGUCCUUCAACAAACCUCUAUAGCCUUCACAAAGUGGCUUUAGGGCACAAGUGUCAAACUCAGGGCCCGCGGGCCAAAUCCGGCCCAUCAAGGCAAUUUAUCCGGCCCUCAAGAGCCAAAAAAGGCAUAUAAUGUC